GGGAGGCCGCGCCCGCCAUGGCGGCCCGGGCGGUGCUGGACGAGUUCACGGCGCCCGCCGAGAAGGCGGCGCUGCUGGAGCGGAGUCGCGGCCGAAUCGAGGGCCUGUUCGGAGUGAGCUUGGCGGUGCUCGGCGCGCUCGGGGCUGAAGAACCGCUGCCCGCGCGCAUCUGGUUACAGCUCCGCGGGGUGCAGGAGGCGGUGCACAGCGCCAAGGAAUAUAUCAAAGGAAUCUGUGAACCUGAACUAGAAGAAAGAGAAUAUUAUCCCAAGGCCAUGCACUGCAUUUUUGUUGGGGCACAGAGCCUGUUUCUGAAGAGCUUGAUUCAGGAUACUUGUGCUGACCUCUGUGUUCUUGAUAUUGGUCUUCUUGGCAUCAGAGGAAGUGCUGAGGCUGUAGUUAUGGCCAGGAGUCACAUUCAGCAAUUUGUAAAGCUCUUUGAGAAUAAUGAGAACCUACCCAGUACUCAGAAAGAAUCAGAGGUGAAAAGGGAAUUUAAACAAUUUGUUGAAGCCCAUGCAGAUAAUUUUACAAUGGAUUUGUUGAUUUUGCCCACUUCCUUAAAAAAAGAACUUUUGACUCUCACACAAGGUGAGGAAAAUCUAUUUAAAACAGGAGAUGAUGAUGUUAUUGAAAUUAGAGAUGCUCAACAUACAGAGUUUACACAGAAUGCUGCCACAGGACUGAAUAUUUCCAGAGAUGAAAUUGUUCUGCAGGAAGAUGAAAGAAAUAAAGCUGGGACUCCUGUUUCUGAGCUUACAAAACAAAUGGACACUGUCUUUUCUAGUUCACCAGAUGUGCUUUUUGUUCCUGUAAAUGGCCUAAGCCCAGAUGAAGAGGCGCUUUCCAAAGAGAGAAUUUGUCACAAAAGGAGAUUUUCUGAUUCUGAGGAAAGGCAUACCAAGAAGCAAUUUUCUUUAGAAAAUGUUCAAGAAGGAGAACUUUUACACGAUGAUAAGACAUCCUCUGGAAGUGUAAUCAUUGACCUAUCUGAUUCUUCUACUGAUUCUGAAAAUUUAAGUCCAGAUGUAAAAGACACUACUGAGGAAAUGGAAUACAAUAUCCUCGUAAACUUUUUUAAAACCAUGGGCUAUUCUCAAGAAAUUGUUGAAAAGGUCAUUAGGGAGUUUGGGCCUUCUACUGAACCAUUAUUGCUCUUGGAGGAAAUUGAAAAAGAAAAUAAAAGGUUUCAAGAAAACAGAGAAUUUUCACCUAGUACUACAGACACCAACAAAACCAAAAGUAAAGGUGUUUGUAGCAGCAUUAAUGAGCUCACAACAGAUUCCACUCCAAAGAAAACACAGAGUCACACUCAGCAAAAUACGGUAGAAAAAUUUUCUCAGUUACCAUUCAAAGUAGAAGGUAAGCCUUGUACCUCAAAUUGCAAAAUAAAUACCUUCAGAACAGUGCCAAUAGAACAGAAACGUGAAAUCUGGGGUUCAAACCAGAACUAUGUUUGUAAUAUAGACCUUGAAACUGAUGGCCGUUUACCCUCUGCUCCUUCAAGUCCCAAAGACGUCAAUUUUGUUUCAAGGGGAGCUUCAAGUCACCAGCCCAGAAUUCCAGUUUUUCCUGAAAAUGGUUUUCAACAGCAGGCAGAACCCUUGCUUUCAAAUAAUAUGAAAUCUGCCUGUGAAAAACGUCCAGGACAUUGUAGCUCUCCUCAGUCUAAGCCAAAUUGUCCACCCCUUUCUCCACCAAUGCCGCUGCCGCAGCUAUUACCUUCAGUUACUGAUGCAAGAUUGGCAGGACCUUCUGAUCAUAUUGAUUCCUCAGUUACAGGGGUUCAAAGGUUUCGAGAUACUCUGAAAGUACCCUACAAGCUGGAAUUAAAAAACGAACCAGGGAGAAUGGACUUGAAGCAUAUUGUUAUAGAUGGAAGCAAUGUUGCAAUUACCCAUGGUCUAAAAAAGUUUUUCUCUUGUCGUGGAAUUGCAAUUGCUGUUGAAUAUUUUUGGAAGCUUGGCAACCGAAACAUUACUGUGUUUGUUCCUCAGUGGAGAACAAGGCGUGAUCCUAAUGUCACAGAGCAGCACUUCUUAACCCAGCUCCAGGAGCUUGGAAUAUUAUCUUUAACUCCUGCCCGGAUGGUGUUUGGAGAAAGAAUUGCUUCUCAUGAUGACAGGUUUCUGCUACACUUAGCGGACAAAACUGGUGGCAUAAUUGUAACAAAUGAUAACUUCAGAGAAUUUGUGACUGAGUCAGUCUCUUGGCGAGAAAUUAUUACAAAAAGAUUGCUUCAGUAUACAUUCGUGGGGGACAUAUUUAUGGUUCCUGAUGAUCCUCUUGGAAGAAGUGGACCUCGAUUAGAAGAAUUUCUUCGGAAAGAGGUCUUUCUUAGAGAUAUGCAACCCCUGCUCAACGCCCUGCCGAACGUGGGCAUGUUUGACCCCAGCUUCAGGAUUCCUGGCACCCAGGCAGCCAGCACCAGCCACCAGCCUCCAGGCCGGAUUCAGGGAGCCUCUCCAAGCCACUGGCUUCCUCAGCAGUCCCACUUUCCACUCCUGCCAAACCUGCCCAGUGUCCCGCAGAACCUGCCCAUGCCAGCACAGAGGUCUUCUGCAGAAACCAGCGAGCUAAGGGAAGCCCUGCUGAAGAUCUUUCCUGAUUCUGAGCAAAGACUGAAAAUCGACCAGAUCUUGGUGAUUCUCAACCUUUGGGCCACCUAUGAGGCUCUCCUUGAAAAAGCAGAUUGUGCCUGGAGAUGUAGUUCAGUGGUAUCAGGCUUUCCUAGCAUGCACGAGGCCCUGGGUUCAAUCCUCAGCACUGAAGAAAGUUAAAAGUGCAGAUUAUUGGGCUCCACCCCGAGGUGUAGACUCAGUGGCUGUGGAGGAAAACCUGGGAAUCCGCUGCUUUAGGACCACACCCUGAUGAUUCCUGUUUAAGUGGUCUAUGGAUCACAUUUUGAGAAACUGCAUUCACCCUUAGGGGUCACUAUUCUGUAACUCCACUCUCCUUCUGUAGCUAUUCUUAUCCUGUCACCAGCCCUGUGGAAUCCUCAAACUCCCUAGACCCUUGUCCUGCAUCUGUUGUUCUCUCUCUUUCCCCAUGCACUCUCUCUGAGGGCCCUGUGAGGUUGCCCUCUGCUUACCACUGCCUAUUAGUCGCUCUCAAGCCCUCUCCAAGGGCAUUGGUUCCUGACUGCUCAGCCUACCUCUUUAGUUCCCCCCUCUCCAGAAUGCACAGUGUUCCGGGUUUAUCUUCCAGAAACCCCCCUCUGGCCACACUCUUACUCUUCAGUGAUUUCCCAUGUUGUAACCAGAGCACCAAGUUCAGAGCCCGUGGGCCUAGAAUUCAUGACUGUCUGCCUUCUGGCCAUACUUGAUUGUCCAUUUUGUGUACUGUACCCAGCCACACAGAUUUCCUCAGUUCCUGUGGGCUCCUCCUGUGUUGUACCUCUUCUCUGCUAGAAAUGCCUUUCUUCCAGAUGGCUUCCUCCUCGGAAGCCCAUCCUUGCCCGUUCUCUGACUAGAAGCAGCCCCAUGGUGUUCUGUGGCCCCACAGCACUUUGUGUCUCGCUUCCAGCACGUGUGGCUCUGGCUGGUGUUGCUGCAGCUGACUGUGUACUGUGUCACCUCCCUCUCUAGACUGUGAGCUCCUCGUGGGCAGGGACCGUCUGUGCUCCCUCUUUGUAUUUCUGUGGCACCUAGCACAGUGCCUUGCACUUGAUAGGUGCUCAAUAAAUGUCUGCUCGAGUGAA